ACAUACCAAGAUGGAAAUGGAUACCGCACGUUACGACUCCAUGGACGCACAACGUUUCCACCCAUUACUGCGCACUAGCACAAGGCCUAACUCGCUCUCUAAAACCGGCACUGAAAAAUCGACAAUGGGGCAGGGCCUUUGCGUCAGAACUCGACCGUGUGCACUGUUCCCUGUACGUGCGAGCGUAGGUGGUGUUUGGCCGGACCAUGAGGUUGUAGUUGUCCCUCUUGAGGGGGGAGAUGCAUAUUCGGAGGCAUCACGUUCAUCCACACCAAGUUCUUCUGCUUCUACUACAUACGCCACUGCAUCUUCCGUCAUGCCUGAUGUGCCUCCAUCGCAUGCUCAACAAGUCGAUGUUUACGAGAGAGAUGACGUUGUAGUCACACGCACCAUCAUCCGUCCCAAUCCCAAUCCCAAUCCCACUCCCACUCCCACUCCUUCUCGCAAUCCAAGUCGUAUGCCAUCUAGAGUGCAGAUGAGGAUUCCACGGAUAUUCUCACGUUCGCCAUCUCCCACCUCCUCUCCAUCUUCUUCAUUAUCCGCAUUACCACGGUCCAACCCACCUUCGCGCCCUACGAGCCCGGUGCUCCAAGUGCUCAACUGUUUCAGCACAUCCUCGACUUUUGAGAGGGAUGAGGAUGAUGUGCAUAUUGCUGAAAGUCCUAGGCCUAUACUGCAGGUUAUUGUUACGCAAACGAGGGAGAGGUACGAGAACGAUAGGGCGUUCAAGGAGAUUGUGGGGAGUGUUUAUCCGAGACCCGCUGCUGUGGGGAGCGGUGCUUGAUGCAUCGAUGCUUAAUGCUUUCAAGUGGAUUUUGAUUCUUGUACCAUUGAUUUUCCCCUGCAUAUCUUAUUGCAUAUCUUAUUGCGAUAAUCAAUAUAUAUGGCUAACUUAUAUCGAACUAACGCUAUUCUGCAGGCUUUCCUUCAUGCCAUCAUUAAUAUCUAUGUCAAUCAUAUAUUAGGGAC